GUAAAAUGGGGAGGAUGAACCAUAAAAAAAAGUUAAGGGUUUGGCAACCAAAAUAAAAAGUGGGCAGUUUUCAUUUAGUCGCCGACCAUUGGAGUAGGUCGAGAGAGCUCCAGGAAUAGUGUGUCUGAGUUGAUUCUGUUAACAGUCAUAAUGAAUUCGUGGGAGGCUGAAUGGACUCUGUAAGUGGUGAACUGAUGAUAUCGUUGCGCAUGCGAAGUGAAAUUUUUGUUGAAUCAAUCGCACAGAAUAUACAAGUCCGGAUGGUGAUUCCUCGCCAUUCUGUCGUGUUCUCUACGCCAGAAUGGACGAAGAACAAACAGCGGAGGCCAAUAUUACGUUGAUUCAAUAUGAUUUCUCAGUCAUGGAACAGAACAUCACUGCAGCCCAAACUUCAUUUCGAACGUCGGUCAUCUGUGUUGGAAUCUUAUUGAAUUGUGUCGUCCUCUCUGUGGUGACUUUUUCACGUCAGCUUCACUAUCCCCGCCACAUUUUUUGGGCUGCCAUUUCCAUCUUCGAAUGCCUUUUCUUAGUUGAUAGUGCCCUCGAGUUAGUGACAGUGCACAAACACGAUUACCUGGCCUGUCGGCUCGUAGUUCUUUUUUAUCCUGCCGACUAUUCGAUCCUGUUGAUCUGCAUGUCGCUGGCCGCAUUGGAUCGCUACUUGUCCAUCGUUCGCUUCGAGUGGUAUCAGGCGAACGUCACUAAUCGAGGUGCCAUCGUGUCCAUCACAAUUGCGGUUGGUAUAACCUUCAUCAUUUUUACGAGUCCAUUCUGGACGGGCUACAAAUCACUUUACACCUGUACCGUCAAUAUUACUCACAGCCUUUUGGGCUUCUCUUGGAAUUUGUUCUUGGCCUGUUACGGUCAAGUUUGAGAAUAAAUCCUUCAUCCGACAGCCCAGCAACAUCAGCUCUGAUGUUAAGUUGGAUUCGAAGUUAACAGCGGAACAAGUUUUAUUCUCCAUUGCCGAAACUGCUUCAGGUGUUAGAGAUGGAAACCUGUCGCAACUUUCUCAAGAUCCUGAAAUAAUUCUGCCGGCCGUCGUCCAUCAUCGGAUGGACACUGAUGAAAGAGAUCAACAUUCUCACCUGCCUUCACAUUCCACCAACAAUCAGGAUGACACUGAAUCUUUUCCACGGAUGCCAAUCCGCUCCAAAAUCAGCCGACUCGAAGUUCAAGCCGCUCUCAACUUGUCCGUCAGCAUUCUGCCGUUUUGGAUGUGCACCUUUCCUGUGUCUUGUUAUGCCAUUGUCAUUUACUGGUGUAUCCAGCUGGAUGUUAACCUUGAGACCAUUGUGGUAACGUGGAAUUACUUUUGGGACACGUUCAUGCUUCACAGUGUUUACAAUCCAGUCAUGUACAUGGCCACCUGUUCGGAAUUCCGGCGGGCGCUCCGUCACACCGUAAAGAAGUUGUCAAACAAAUUUCGUUUUGCUUUACGCAAGUAAUUUUAAAUUUAUUCUGCUCUCGUUACUAUUAAUGGUGAUUGUCCGCCCAAAUGACUUUGCGCAUUAGGUAAUGCUUUUGUGAAAAGUCCUCCCGAUUUUGACCAAUUGUCGUUUACAUGAGUCAACUGCUGCCUGUUUGUGCAUACGCUGUAUUUCAUUUAGGUAAGAUAUUUAAUUUGUUUGACACAAUCGAAAGAACUUGCAGGUAUUAAGAGAUCGCUCGGGGAAACAAUAUCUUAAUGCUUUCCAUUUCAGCGCGCCUCUUCUCUGGGUUUAUAAAACAUUCAUAUUCUUCGAGGUAUCCUUGUUUUCUAUUAUCCCUUGCACAAAGUCGAGUGUAUUGAUGGUAAAUAAUGGAUCACAUGCGCGACUACCAUUCCUAAAUCUAUACUAUAAGCAAAAGCAGAACUGACCAUUCUUGUUUAAAGAAAUUGAGGAUCAAACCAACAAAGCACAGCUCAGAUGAUCGACAUGUCUAUACUCUAUAGGACCAUCGAUUUUCCGCUAAAAAUGAAAAUAAGACAGAGGCUGCAACUUAAAUAAUCCUGUUAUUCCAGCCGAUGCAGUUGCUAUGGUAACCUUUAAGUAUUCAUUUUCAAAUGCGUCAGCUUAUUAUAUUUGAGCCUCCACCCACCAUAUUUUCUAAUGUUCUUAACCUAGAAAACAAACAACUUGAAUGAUGAUUUUGAUUUCGCUUCAGACAGUAGUGCAACUGCGCAUGCUCGACAGGAAUUAAAAGAGUCCCUCUGCACAGGUCGACCGUGCACGACAGACGUCUGUCUAUAAAAACUGAAAGCAUCUGUAACUACUUCGUCGCAGUUUCACUCGCAAAAUGGGCGAAUCAACAGCACAGACGUCGGGCGGGGUCAAUAACCCAACGCCAAGUAAAUUCGACUUUGCCGUCAUGGAUCAGAAGCUAACACAAGCCACAGAGCUCUUCCGCACGUCGGUGAUUGUCAUCGGAAUGUUUCUGAAUGUUGUGGUGCUCCUGGUGGUGAGCCUGUCGCGACAAUUGCGAUAUCCUCGACAUAUCUACUGGGCUGCCGUCUCUAUCUUCGAAUGUUUCAUUCUCUUUGAAUAUUCCCUUGAGCUAAUCGUCAUCAUCAAUCGCAAUCACCUUGCCUGUACAUUUUUAGUAUUGAUUUGUUCUGUAGAUUACUCUUUGUUGUUAUUGUGUCUUUCCCUGACCGCCCUUGACCGCUACUUGUCCAUCGUGCGCUACGAAUGGUAUAUGGCUAAUGUCACCGGUAGAGGCGUCGUCUUUGUAAUCACGAUUGCUUCCGCUUUGACUUUGGCCAUCAUUGACAUUCCUUUUUGGACCGGGUAUCAAUCGAUUUUCACCUGCACCAUUAGCAUGACCCACCAUUACUGGAUAUGCACCUGGAAUUUGUUACUGGGCAUCGUUUGCGUCGUUCUCCAUGUCAAGAUCUUCAUGGAAACUAAAACUUUCAUUCGCCAGUACGUUCCCAGAUACCGCCGCUCUCCUGUCACGAUCCGCUUUAACAACCCUUCGAUUCAACAGUCCAACACAAGUUUCGGGCCAGCGAAUACUGAUAAGAUAGCCGAGACAGCUCUUAUCACGUUUCCUGAAAAUCCUUCGAUGGACGUUGGUCGUGAAAAUGUCAUGUUCCAGCAACCUGAAGAUUCUCAACGGGUGUUUUCUGUUGACGGUGAAAUCGACAAAAACUAUUUCCCCUGGACGCAGAGCCGCUCAAAAUUCAAUCGACUCGAAAUCCAGGCCGCUCUAAAUAUGUCUGUCAAUAUUUUACCAUUUUGGCUGUGCACAUUCCCAGUUUCUUGUAAUGCCAUCGCCCUGUACUGGUGCAUCCGGCUGGAAGGCAACUGCGAUCCUAUCGUCCUGAUGUGGACUUAUGCUUGGGACGUCUUUAUGCUCCACAGCGUCUACAAUCCUGUGAUGUACAUUGCCACGUCCCCCGAAUUUCGCCGGGCUAUCCUCCACGUGUCAAGGAAAUUUCUGAACAAAUGUCGCAAUUGCCUAACUUGAUGAAACUCGAUGGCAUCCAAGAAUUAAAUAUUUGGAGAUUCAUCCAUUCUUAUGCUAACUGUACGCACUAUUACGUAUUUAUUCAACGAUUAGCUUGGCACUGCAUAGUAGUGACAAUUGUAUUCAACAUGCAUGUCUGGCUUUAUGUAUGCCUUUAUUUUUGAUAAUAACCCUUUCAAUUUAAAUCCUAAUUAUUCCACUGAAUGGAGAGCAAAGAAAAUGUCUGCUUGAACCAUGUAGAGAUCCUACCGUAUACUUUUGUCCUUUCUGUUAUUCGUCAAGAAAGUUUUGAAACUAACCAGAAACUUCUUGCCGGAUUUUAGUUUGCUGUUAUUAACAAACGUUUCAGCUUUAUAC